UAAAUAUACCUGUACAAAUACUGUACACCUGCACUAGUGUGGCAGCUUUCACCUAUUAGGACAGAAACAGCCUCAUCUGAGGGAAACACUCAGACAUACAAGAUGGCAUCCUUCGAAAACGACAUCAACCAACACUUCCAGGAUGCAAUCGAUGUGAUUCAACAGCAUUCAAAUAAUUCAUAUUAUGAAUCAGAGUAUACACAUUGUGAAACUCUGGGCACUCAGCACCCAUCUCUGCAGUGUCCUGUCUAUGACUGGAAUGACACAGCUCAGCAGUCCUGGUCUCAGGUCAUCCCUGAUGUCUCCUUUGGUCACACCAUACCAACUGAAUCCCCUCAUUUCUACUCCAUCUUACCACCACAGAGGAACAGCAAAGGUCGUAAGAAGCUCAGACUUUAUGAAUACCUCCAUGAAGCUCUGAAUGACCCCAACAUGGGCGACUCAAUCCAGUGGACGGACAGCGGCAGCGGAACCUUCCACUUCAUCUCCAAGAACAAGGAGAAGCUUGCUGAGUGCUGGGGCCAGCGCAAGGGCAACCGCAAGACCAUGACAUAUCAGAAGAUGGCAAGAGCUCUGAGAAACUACAGCCGCACCGGUGAGAUUAUCAAAGUGCGCCGCAAACUCACCUACCAGUUCAACCCAGACAUCCUGCACAGGCUGGGCUCCACGCAGGUGUCCCUGCACCUGCCCUGCCGCCCUGCACAGGAGGAGGCCCACGCCCAGCAGCAGAACCCGGCCGAGCAGAGCUACUUCAGCUCUGCAGCGGUGGACUGGCACAGCUGGUACGGACACUACCAGCUGCAGGAGGACUACGACCUGGCCUCCAGCUUCACCUCACAAAGCACAAGCAAACUCUGAGCCAGAGGUUUGGUCACUGGGAAGAAUAAUAUGUUAUAGUGGGACUAUUAACAUCAUGUGAAGUGUUCAAAUCACUUCAUUCAGAAGUGGUUAAAUACCCCUUAUUUUGGUAUUUUGUGUUGCAUGUAGAGGAGUAUUACUGUAAAUUAAUUUGGAAAUACUUGAAUUCUGUAAGUGAAUCUUUUUUUUUUUUCUUUUCUUCCUUUUUCUCUUUUCUUUAAUAGAAAACAUGUAAAUAAAAACUGCCUCAUUCAAACUAAAACUUGACAAGAUUUGGAUCAUUUUGAUCAGACAUCUUUAGAAAACAACACACAUUGUCAGCAGUGUUGAACUGUUUUAACGUGUCGUAGGUUUAACAGGCUGAAAAAAGGAAGUCAGUCUAAUGAAGACGUGAGGACGGAGUUUUAACAGGGAGUUCUCAGAGACUUGUUUAUUUCUACUGUCACACUUUCUGGGUUUAUUACUUGUCAGAUUAUUUCAUAAUUUGCUUUUUGUGAAGGAGUAGGGUAUUGUAAAUUAAAUGCCAAUACUUCUUUACUACAACAGAUGAAUGAACCUUUAACCAACAAAAUACAUUUUUAUAAGACCUGCAGCCGAUGCUGGCACUGGUUACACCUUUGACAUAUUUAAAGUUUAACAAGUUGACCUCUCCUGUCACACACAAUAAAGCACUCAUUAAGAGUCUCAUUAAGAUUGAAGAACCAGUUAACAGGUCCUUAAAUAAAAAGACUUACAGCAGGUCUUUGGCAGAGCAUGCAGAAUUAAAUGUCAUGUUACAGAGCAAUUGAUGAUAUUAUAAAAUAUCUUAUAUGUUUCUCCUGAAGUGGGAACAGUCAAGACUGACCUGCAAUAAUUCAAAUAAAAUGAAAAUCAUAAACAUGGCUGUGGAAGAGAUAAUAAUAAUAAUAUUUUAUAAUAAUAAUAAUCUACUGUAUAUGUAAUAUAAGUUUUUUAUGGCUACAACAGGAGCCAGCAGCAGCAAACAGUUUUCAGCAUUCUGUGUAAUGACAUGUAAAUUGUGAUAAUUCGCUUGAUAAAUGUAUUAGAGAAAAUGUAUGUU